UAACAGUGUGACCUGGUUGUGUGAAUCAUCUGCACUUGCUGUCAUUGUGACACUGUGACCUCUUGUACAUGGGUCCCAUUUUGUUAUCCCCACAAGUGAACCACCUCAGAGGGAUGAAGUGUGAGUAACAAACACCCAUCACCAUGCAGGAAUCUGCCAGCUCCUUGGCAAUGGAUGGGUACUGUAACAAUGUGCCAGCCUUCCUUACCAAACUGUGGACACUAGUGGAGGAUCCUGAAACCAACCAUCUUAUCUGCUGGAGUGUGAAUGGGACCAGUUUCCAUGUGUUUGACCAGGGCAGGUUUGCCAAAGAGGUGUUACCCAAGUAUUUCAAGCACAACAACAUGGCCAGUUUUGUAAGACAGCUGAACAUGUAUGGAUUCAGGAAAGUGGUGAACAUUGAGCAGGGUGGCCUGGUGAAGCCAGAACGUGAUGAUACUGAAUUUCAGCAUUUGUACUUCCUUCAGGGACAUGAGCACCUGCUAGAACACAUCAAAAGAAAGGUUUCUGUAGUAAAAAAUGAAGAGACAAAACUUAGGCAUGAGGAUGUCAACAGGCUUCUGUAUGAACUUCAAACCCUACGAGGACAACAGGAGAGUAGCGAGUGUCAGAUGCAAGACAUGAAGCAGCAGAAUGAGGUGCUGUGGCGUGAGGUUGUCUCUCUCAGACAGAACCACUUGCAACAGCAGAAGAUAAUAAACAAGUUAAUCCAGUUUCUAUUUGGACAGUUACCUCCAGGACCCACCAGUGCUGGGAUAAAGCGAAAGAUGCCACUAAUGUUGGAUGAUGGAAACUCUACCCUCCCACAGUCUAAAUUCAGUCGUCACCUGCCAGUAGAUGCUCUUCCUGAUCCUUAUUACAUCCAGUCGCAAACAAUGGGAUCUACAACAGCUCUGAACAGCCCUGCCCUUAGUGCUGGUCCAAUUAUAUCAGAUGUGACAGAUGCUCCACCCACUAACGCAGUUAAUGGAUCACUCUCUUCAGAUGGAGCAAGGGGUAAGUGCUUACUCAUGAUAAAGGAGGAGCCCAUCAGUCCCAGCAUCAAUGGGUCAGCAGGGCAGGAUGUAUCUCUGAACAAUUGUAGCAUUUGCACAGAUCCACCUGUUCUCCCAGUUGCAAUGGUUCAGUCUAUAUUGGAAGGAAAGGAAAACUGCAGCCCACCACAGAUGUCAACAUCCCAGCAGAUGGAGGGACAGAAUAGAAGGAAUUCACAGGAGAGGUCUGGGCUGUCAGACUCAUUGGAUGGAUCUGAUGUCAGUUUGGAGGGAUUGCAACUACUGCUAAGGAGUCAGCAAUACAACAUGGACUCUGCUGCUGUACUAGAUGUGUUCAGCUCUGGCCUGUGUGUGAGUGAGUGGAGUCUUCCAAAUGUGGACACAAAUUUGUCACCGUUGCAGCAGCUUGCCAUAAAUCUAGAGAAAAGUGUUUCUGAGCAUCCACCAAAGAGUCUGAAUACACAGUUUAACAUCCCUUGUCCAGAUGAAAUGGCUAAUAUGGCAGCAUCCUCUUCCCUAUUUGCUGCUGAAGAAAAUGCUGUGUCCUACCUCUCUUCAGGGGCCCUUGUGGAUGAGGCUUCCCUCAACUUGCAGCAGCCAGAUGAGCAAAACGAGUGAUACAUUUUUACUUAUACAUGUAUAUGUUUCACUUUUACACUAUGCCUUCAUGAACUGCAAGUUUAAAUAGUAAAAAAAUAUAUCUGCUGCAAUGUAUAGUUAAUACACAGGGCUGGAUUUAUAGAAAGUCAUGUUCAGAGGCAGUAAACCCUAUUCAAAUUUUACCAUGUCUAUAGAAGGGAGAACUUUGCUGUAUGUACAUAUUGCAAUCCCUGUUAAACCUGAUCUUGAUCCUGAGCAAAGAGCUGCGUAUGGAUUGAAAAACAGAAACUAUUUAAGGGAAAUAAGCGCUGCUUGGUGUUUAGAAUAUUGCUGCGUAUUUAAUUUAUGGUAUACAAGUGCAAUAUUUAUUACAAUUAUUAUAUAUAUGUAUAGAUUUCCUUAGUAAUUAUUGUGUAUUUUUAUAAGAAUGUUCUUUUAUUUGCAGUUCUAUUUUAUGAUUAAAAAAUGAAAUCAUAAUACAUAAACUGAAAUUAAAAAUCUGAUGCUUAUACAGGAUAGAUAGAUAUAUAAUUCUUUGUAAAGACUUUUUUAGGAUGUCCAUUCAUCUUUUGUUGAGACCCCAACAGGGAGUCCAGUUCAACAAGAUCUGCAUGGCUCUCCACCCUUUUCUUACAUUUAAUUGCUUGCAUAUUCUCAAAUAGUUCUGUAAUGGUCCAUACAGAAGCUUUUGUUUUUUGUCUUUGUGAUAUAUCAACAAUGUGUUUAUUAUGGACAUUAUGACUGCAUGCAUUGAUUGGGGCCACUUAGUGUAAGGUAAAUUAGACAGAUCCGCGUCUUCUGCUGAAUGGUCUCCUUUGCUGCAGUGUUGCUGAUCAGAGAACAGAAUUCCAAAAUUUGAUUUACUUAUUUCCUCUUGUUUUUUCCAUUCUGUGGCUCAUUUCAGCCACCGUGUCUUUGACAGGGAGGAGUAUGGGAAGCAUAAAUGGGAACUUCAGACUUAAAGGAUUCAAUGAUGCUAGUCAGGGAAUAGAGUGGUAAAUAUAAUAAGCCCCCUACCCCUGUUUUAUUUAUCACACAAGUACCAGCACUGUGUUUACAAGCAAUUCUCAGCCAGCAGUACUUUAACUAUCAAAUCUUAAGAAUUAGCAGCUCCCAAAUGUGCAGGUGUCAUUUACAGUAGCAGUAUGUCACCUUUAAAGCUAUUGUUUCUCCACAAUUACCUUUACAUAUGUUAUCACAAAUUAACUAGGAUAUUUUGUAUCCAAAGUGGCAGCACUGUGCAUGCUGGUGUGAAUGACCCUUCAGAGCACACUAAUGACAUUAAAUGCACACUAUGGGGGUUAUACUUUUGAUUUGAAGUGUUUUUACUAAUAAUGUUCCUACUAUUUUGCAGUAGGAUAAUUUUCAGUUAUAAGGGUGGAGGGAAUAUAUAAGUGCAGUACAUGCACAUAUAUGAAUGUAUGAGAAGAAAAGGAUUCAGGUAUUCUUCAGGUCAAUUAAUGAGAACAAACCUUUCCCAAGUUAGGUAUAGAGGCCUGCAAUCCCUUGCACAGGUUUUUUUGCCUUGUGGCAGUAAUUAGUUCCGCCCACAAGCGCUUAUUAAUUUUUAAUAAUGCCGUUAUGAGUUUUCUCUUUUACAUAUGCAAACCCCAAUGAAGAAAUGUAGGGGGUCCAUUGAAUGUAUUGAAUAACCUGCCAUGGGCCACUAUGGUUUCUUGGAAUGCUAUAAUUCUAUUUAUUUAUUUUUGUCUACUUAUUGAGGAUAUAUAUAUAUACAUAUAUAUUUAUAUCUGCCCCUCUGGAAAAAUGUCCAUGGUUGUAAGGUUUCCUACAGUAUGUAUCCAUGCAGAUGUAUUUUAUCAGAAUCAAGUAUUAAAAGGCCUAGUAACAGUAAUUUAUAUUUACAUAUAAAUGCACCCUCACACAAACACUGUAAUAGUUAGAUUAUUUAGACAAGUUCUGACUAAGUGAGAACUCAUUUAUUAUACAGGUGUGGGAUCCAUUACCUGGAAACCCAUUAUCCAUAAAGUUCCAAAUUAUUGGAAGACCAUUUCCCAUAGACUCCAUUAUAAACAAAUAAUUCUAAUUUAAAAAAAUGAAAAAAAAUUGCUCAUCACUAGAUAAGGGGUCUCUCCAUACCUUAAGUCUACUAAUUAAUCAUUUGAAGAUGAAUUAAACCGAAUAUGAUUAUUUUGCUUCCAGUAAGGGUUAACUAUAUCUUAGAUGGAAUCAUGUACAAGGUUUUAUUAUUACAAAUAAAAAGAAAAAGUUUUAAACACAGAAUUAUUUGCUUAUAAUGGAGUCUAUGGGAGAUGGCCUUCCUGUAAUUCAGAACUUUCUGGAUAGGGGGUUUCCGGAUAACGGAUUCCAUACCUCUACAAUCACACAAAUCCUUUAUGACAUUCCCUGGCGAUCAGAUGCACAUUAUUGUCUUGGAACCAAGCUAUUUAGUAUGUAUGAUAAAAAAAGAAAUCAAAUAUGCUGUGUAUCAUGAAUCUUACAAAAUGUUAAACCCAGGGACGGCUCACAGGGUGCAGCUACUGAUGUUCAUGAGAGCAAUUUACACACAGUAUUUGUGCCUGAGAGCUGCACAUGUAGUAGCUGCACCUGACAUCUCAUGUACACUAAACUUGAAUCUGAUGCACUACUUGGACAUAUUUGCACUAUGCUGUUAUUUUUAUUUAUUGUUUUGCAAAUGGCUUAAAUUCAAUAAACUUUGUUUUCUCA